AUGGGCAACCACGCCGCCGGCAUCCUUACGCUGGGCAAGAGGAAAAGUGUCCUGCCGGCCUUCCAGAGUCGGCUCUACCGCCUGCUGCACAGCUCCGGCAACCAUGCCGCUGGCAUCCUCACCAUGGGCAAGCGCGGGGAGCACCCUGGCACCACCUGCCAUGACACAUCGGGUUUCCCCGCGGGUACGGACACCCAGCCGAUGCCAGCCCUGCGGGGCACUGAUGCCAGCCCCGCUAGCCCCAGGGAGUGCCAGGGACACUCGGGGAAGGACCUGACCAAGAGCCAGGUCCAGGGAGCUGCAAAGAGCUUUUACUGAGAGGGGUGGGGGCAGCGGGAGCAGGGAGGGAAUCCCUGGGGGGGUCGGACCCCGGGGACGCAUGCCCGGAGCUCAGUGUAAAUAGCACUUUUACAUACCUCCUCCUGGCCCUGGCCAAGCCUGCUCAGGGCACCGCAGGCACCGCUGGCCUUUUACAAUAAAUGGUAGCCUGAUG